AUGCGCAAUGCCGAUGUCUACUGGAGACAAGCGAGAAGACACCAGAUGCGCAAUGCCGAUGUCUACUGGAGACAAGCGAGAAGACACCAGGGAGUGGUGUCAGAGUCUCCUCUGCUGGUUGGUGGAGAGUUUGACCUGGAAAUGAAUUUCAUCAUCCAGGAUGCGGACAGCAUCACAUGCAUGACAGAGCUGUUGGAACACUGUGAUGUAACCUGCCAAGCCGAGAUAUGGAGCAUGUUUACUGCCAUUCUCCGAAAAAGUGUGCGGAACUUACAGACCAGCACGGAAGUGGGGCUCAUUGAACAAGUGUUGCUGAAAAUGAGUGCUGUGGAUGAUAUGAUCGCAGAUCUUCUAGUUGAUAUGUUGGGGGUUCUUGCCAGCUACAGCAUCACGGUCAAGGAGUUGAAGCUUUUAUUCAGCAUGCUUCGAGGAGAAAGUGGAAUCUGGCCCAGACAUGCGGUAAAGUUAUUAUCAGUUCUUAAUCAGAUGCCACAAAGACACGGCCCCGAUACAUUUUUCAAUUUCCCUGGGUGUAGUGCUGCGGCAAUCGCAUUGCCUCCUAUUGCAAAGUGGCCUUAUCAGAAUGGCUUCACCCUAAACACUUGGUUUCGUAUGGAUCCAUUAAAUAAUAUCAAUGUUGAUAAGGAUAAGCCUUAUCUAUAUUGUUUUCGCACGAGCAAAGGGGUUGGUUACUCUGCUCAUUUCGUCGGUAACUGUUUAAUAGUUACAUCCCUCAAAUCCAAAGGAAAAGGCUUUCAGCACUGUGUGAAGUAUGAUUUUCAGCCACGCAAGUGGUACAUGAUCAGCAUUGUUCACAUUUACAACCGAUGGAGGAACAGUGAAAUCCGGUGUUAUGUUAACGGACAGCUGGUUUCCUAUGGGGAUAUGGCUUGGCAUGUUAACACAAAUGAUAGCUACGACAAGUGCUUUCUGGGAUCUUCAGAGACUGCUGAUGCCAACAGAGUGUUCUGUGGCCAGCUGGGCGCUGUGUACGUGUUCAGCGAAGCCCUCAACCCGGCCCAAAUAUUUGCCAUUCACCAGCUAGGACCCGGAUACAAGAGCACCUUCAAAUUUAAGUCAGAGAGUGACAUUCACCUGGCCGAGCAUCACAAGCAGGUUCUAUAUGAUGGGAAACUCGCCAGCAGCAUCGCGUUCACCUACAACGCCAAGGCCACGGACGCCCAGCUGUGUCUUGAAUCAUCACCCAAGGAAAACGCCUCUAUCUUUGUCCACUCCCCACACGCGCUGAUGCUCCAGGAUGUGAAAGCUAUCGUCACACACUCGAUUCACAGUGCAAUCCACUCCAUCGGAGGGAUCCAAGUGCUCUUCCCUCUCUUUGCCCAGCUGGACAAUCGGCAGCUUAAUGACGGUCAGGUGGAAACAACUGUCUGCGCUACGCUCCUGGCGUUCCUGGUGGAGCUGCUGAAAAGCUCAGUGGCCAUGCAAGAGCAGAUGCUGGGCGGGAAAGGCUUUCUAGUCAUUGGCUACUUACUUGAAAAGUCGUCCCGAGCCCACAUCACCCGUGCUGUGUUAGAGCAAUUCCUGUCCUUCGCAAAGUACCUGGACGGCCUGUCCCACGGAGCGCCACUGCUGAAGCAGCUCUGUGAUCACAUCCUGUUUAACCCGGCCAUCUGGAUACACACUCCGGCCAAGGUACAGCUCUCUCUGUACACCUACCUGUCUGCUGAAUUCAUUGGGACGGCUACCAUCUACACCACCAUCCGCAGGGUCGGGACAGUGCUGCAGCUGAUGCAUACCCUGAAGUACUACUACUGGGUCAUCAGCCCCGCUGACAGCAGUGGCAUCUCUCCCAAAGGCUUAGAUGGACCCCGGCCAUCACAGAAAGAAAUCAUAUCACUACGGGCCUUCAUGCUCCUUUUCCUGAAACAGCUCAUACUAAAGGACCGAGGUGUAAAGGAGGAUGAGCUUCAGAGCAUAUUGAAUUACCUGCUCACCAUGCACGAGGAUGAGAAUAUUCAUGACGUGCUACAGCUACUUGUGGCUUUAAUGUCAGAACACCCAGCCUCAAUGAUACCAGCAUUCGAUCAAAGAAACGGAAUAAGAGUGAUCUACAAAUUAUUGGCUUCUAAAAGUGAAAGUAUUUGGGUUCAAGCUCUGAAGGUUCUGGGAUACUUUCUGAAGCAUUUAGGUCACAAGAGGAAAGUGGAGAUCAUGCACACCUACAGUCUCUUCACUCUUCUCGGGGAAAGGCUGAUGCUGCACACCAACACGGUCACCGUCACCACCUACAACACGCUCUAUGAGAUCUUGACCGAGCAGGUGUGCACUCAGGUUGUCCACAAACCCCACCCCGAGCCGGACUCCACCGUGAAAAUUCAGAACCCAAUGAUCCUGAAGGUGGUGGCUACACUGCUGAAGAACUCGGCCCCCAGUGCGGAGCUGAUGGAGGUGCGCAGGCUGUUCCUGUCCGACAUGAUCAAGCUCUUCAGUAACAGCCGGGAGAACCGACGGUGCUUGCUGCAGUGCUCUGUGUGGCAGGACUGGAUGUUCUCCCUGGGCUACAUCAACCCAAAGAACUCGGAGGAGCAGAAGGUCACUGAGAUGGUCUACAAUAUCUUCCGCAUCCUGCUGUACCACGCCAUCAAAUAUGAAUGGGGUGGUUGGCGGGUCUGGGUGGACACACUCUCCAUCGCCCAUUCCAAGGUCACCUACGAGGCCCACAAGGAGUACCUGGCCAAGAUGUACGAGGAGUACCAGCGGCAGGAGGAGGAGAACAUCAAGAAGGGGAAGAAGGGCAGCGUGAGCACCAUCUCGGGUCUGUCCGCGCAGACCACGGGCACCAAGGGUGGCCUGGAGAUCCGUGAGAUCGAGGACCUCUCCCAGAGCCAGAGCCCCGAGAGCGAGACUGACUACCCUGUGGGCACGGACACCAGGGACCUGCUCUUGGCCACCAAGGGACCCGGAGACAUGCUGGGGCCCCCAGAGAGGCCGGGAGGUGGCGUCCAUGUGGAGGUACAUGACCUGCUGGUGGACAUCAAAGCAGAGAAGGUGGAAGCGACGGAAGUGAAGCUGGACGACAUGGACCUGUCCCCAGAGACGCUGGUGGGCGGCGAGGACAGCGCCCUGGCUGAGGUGGAGUCGCUGCUGGACAACGUGUACAGCGCGGCUGUGGAGAAGCUGCAGGGCAAUGUGGGCAUGCUAAAGCCAAGCCAGGACAAGGACAACGGGCCACUGAUCACACUGGCUGAUGACAAGGAUGACCUGUGUGGCAGCAGCACCCCAACCCCCACUGCCUUCCUCUUUGAGAAGAUCCCCAAGCAGGACGAGAAGCUCCUCCCAGAACUUUCCAGCAACCACAUUAUUGCCAGCAUUCAGGACCCACAGGUGCACCUGGGUGUCGGCGACGACCUGGGCUUGCUGGCCCACAUGGCUGCCAGUGUGGACCUGACCUGUGCGUCCAGCAUGAUAGAGGACAAAGCCUUCAAGAUUCACACGGCCUCCGAGGGUGUGGGUGGUGUGUCCGAAAGAGACCUGGCGCCACCGUCCUCCAAAGGGCUGGAGUAUACUGAGGUGACCGCCACCGCUCCAUGCUCAGAGCCUGCGGCGAGCAAGGCCGUGCCAAGUGUGGAUGCAGGGAGUAUCCUCUCAGACACUGAGAGGUCGGACGACGGCAGGGAGCCAGGGAAGGAGAUCCGGAAGAUCCAAACAACUGCCACAACCCAGGCUGUCCAGGGCCGGGCCAUCAGCCAGCCUGACCGUGACCUACGCGUGGACCUGGGCUUCCGUGGGAUGCCCAUGACAGAGGAGCAGCGGCGCCAGUUCAGCCCAGGCCCGCGCACCACCAUGUUCCGCAUCCCCGAGUUCAAGUGGUCACCCAUGCACCAGCGACUGCUCACUGACCUGCUCUUUGCGCUGGAGACCGAUGUGCAUGUCUGGCGCAGCCACUCCACCAAGUCAGUCAUGGACUUUGUCAAUAGCAAUGAAAAUAUUAUUUUUGUACAUAACACGAUUCAUCUCAUCUCCCAAAUGGUGGACAACAUCAUCAUUGCCUGCGGAGGGAUCCUGCCUCUGCUCUCAGCAGCCACGUCUCCCACUGGUUCCAAGACUGAAUUGGAAAAUAUCGAAGUGACGCAAGGCAUGUCUGCUGAGACGGCCGUUACUUUCCUCAGCCGGCUGAUGGCCAUGGUCGAUGUCCUGGUGUUUGCCAGCUCUCUGAACUUCAGUGAGAUUGAAGCUGAGAAAAACAUGUCCUCUGGGGGUUUGAUGCGGCAGUGCCUGAGGUUGGUGUGCUGUGUGGCUGUGAGGAACUGUCUGGAGUGCCGGCAGAGACAGAGGGACCGGGGUAGCAAGCCCACGCAUGGCGCCAGCAAACCUCAGGAAGCCCCCCAGAGUGUGACUGCCACUGCUGUGUCCAAGACUCCCCUGGAAGGUGUGCCCGGCAACCUCUCUCCUAUCAAAGACCCUGACAGGCUGCUGCAGGACGUGGACAUCAACCGGCUUCGUGCUGUCGUCUUCCGGGACGUGGACGACAGCAAGCAGGCGCAGUUCCUGGCCCUGGCUGUGGUGUACUUCAUCUCGGUCCUGAUGGUAUCCAAGUACCGGGACAUCCUGGAGCCCCAGCGGGAGACAGCCCGAAGUGGGAGCCAGCCCAGCAGGGACGUCAGGCAGGAAGUCAACUCGCCAACCAGCACAGUUGUGGUCAUACCCUCUGCCCCUCACCCGAGUCUGAGCCAUGGAUUCCUUGCCAAGUUAAUCCCCGAGCAGACCUUUGCCCAUUCAUUUUACAAAGAUCCACCAGCAACAUUUCCAGACGCCCUCAAGGAGAGAGAGCCGCUGGCCCCGGGCGAGGAGGUCCCUCUGGAGAGUGCGAUUCCUCACACGGACUCGGGUAUCGGCGAGGAGCCUGUGGCCAGUGUCCUGAAUGGUGUGGAGCUGGAGCCUAGCGCAGGCCCUGACGCCAUGAGCGAGCUGCUGUCCACGCUGUCAUCUGAGGUGAAGAAGUCCCAGGAGAGCCUGGCAGAGGCCCCCGGAGAGGUGUUGAAGCCAGCGCCGCCCGUCCCCAGCAUCAGCCAGACCAAAGGCAUCAACGUCAAGGAGAUCCUCAAGAGCCUGGUGGCCGCCCCCAUGGAGCUGGCCGAGUGCGGCCCAGAGCCCGUGCCCUACCCCGACCCAUCACUCAAGAGGGAGGCGCAGGCCAUCCUCCCCAUGCAGUUCCAUUCCUUCGACAGGUGCGUGCGGCCUAGUGCCGUGGAUUCAGGGUCUUCCUCCUCCUCCUCCUCAUCUAGCUUUGUGAACGGGGCCACCAGCAAAAACCUGCCAGCGGUGCAGACUGUGGCCCCAAUGCCAGAGGACUCGGCAGAGAACAUGAGCAUUACCGCCAAACUUGAACGAGCACUAGAGAAAGUGGCUCCGCUUCUCCGUGAAAUCUUUGUAGACUUUGCCCCGUUCCUGUCGCGCACACUGCUUGGCAGCCAUGGACAAGAGCUCUUGAUAGAAGGCCUCGUCUGCAUGAAGUCCAGCACGUCAGUGGUGGAGCUGGUGAUGUUGCUCUGCUCCCAGGAGUGGCAGAACUCGAUUCAGAAGAACGCAGGGCUGGCCUUCAUCGAGCUCAUCAACGAAGGAAGGUUGCUGUGCCACGCCAUGAAGGACCACAUCGUGCGCGUGGCAAACGAGGCUGAGUUUAUUUUGAACCGGCAGCGGGCGGAGGAUGUUCACAAACACGCUGAGUUCGAGUCCCAGUGUGCGCAGUAUGCGGCUGACAGGCGGGAGGAGGAGAAGAUGUGUGACCACCUGAUCAGUGCCGCCAAGCAUCGAGACCACGUCACUGCCAACCAGCUGAAGCAGAAGAUCCUGAACAUCCUGACCAACAAGCACGGGGCCUGGGGAGCCAUGGCACACAGCCAGUUGCACGACUUCUGGCGCCUGGACUACUGGGAGGAUGACCUGCGGCGCAGGAGGCGCUUCGUCCGCAACGCCUUCGGUUCCACACACGCGGAGGCCUUGCUCAAGGCGGCCAUCGAAUACGGCACCGAGGAGGGCGUGGUGAGGUCUAAGAAAGCCUUCCGGAGCCAGGCAGUGGUGAGCCAGAAUGCCGAGGCUGAGCUGAUGCUGGAGGGGGACGAUGACGCGGUCAGCCUGCUGCAGGAGAAGGAGAUGGACAACCUGGCAGGCCCCGUAGUCCUGAGCACCCAGGCACAGCUCAUCGCUCCCGUGGUGGUGGCCAAGGGGACACUGUCCAUUACCACCACGGAGAUCUACUUCGAGGUUGAUGAGGAGGAUGCAGCCUUCAAGAAGAUCGACCCAAAACGCCGAGUGGGGCUUGCCCUGGAAGAGGUCGAGGUUGGGGAGGAAGUAGUGGGGACAGCGGCGGCACUGCAGGCAGGAGAUGAGCUGCAGAAGGAUGCCGUUGAGCCGGUCCCCCAGGCAGGACUCGUCCCAGUCCGCCUCGCGCGGGUGCUUCUCGCACUCGUAGGAGACGAGGGUCUUCAUGUGGUAGUUGUUGAGCGGCUGGCCCGGCAGCUCCAGGUGGCGGUCCCGCAGCGUCUUGAGGAUGGACAGACACUUCUUGCGGCAGCCGCCCAUCUGCAGCCUGUUCUCGGCCUCGGCGAACUGCAGCACCCAGGCGUCGCUCUCCGCCGAGCUCUGCUUGCCGGCCAGCGAGUGGCACUCCUUGGACAGGAGGUUGAAGCCCUCGGCCUUGACCUCCGCCACUCGGUUGGGGCCAGGCCAGGGGAUGUGCGGCAGCGGCCAGUGGGCCGCGCUGCGCGGCCAGAUGCCGGUGCACUUGAAGGCGGGCGUGAUCUGCACCACAUAUCGGUCGCGGAUGCGCAGUUUCACUUCGCUGGUGUCCGCCACCAUCUUCACCACGUCCCGGUAGCUGCACUUGUCCACGGCCUGGGCCACCAGCGUCUGGAAGCGCGAGCGGAUCUUGCGCGCCGAGAGGUAGCCCGAGGCGGUGAUGAACUCCACCCAGAGCGACAUGCUGCGCUUGCGCCCGUCGCUGAGCUUGAGCACGGCACAGCCGGGCAGCGAGCCGUCGUCCACAAAGUUGAAGACACCCAUCUGGUUGAGGUAGAGCACCACCUCGAACUCCGUGGGGGACACGACCUCCAGGCCCUCAUAGCGGUUGUCCAUCUCGUUGAGCGAGCUGAUGAAGCGGGGCUCCUGCACCUCCACCUCCUUGAGCACAUCCGAGACCACCUUGCAGACCUCACGGAUGGUCUUGGCGAUGGCCGCCUUGCGCGCCUGGCACUUCUCGUUGUAGUACUUGUUGAGGUGGUAGACCAGCUUGGCCUGCGCCGCGAUCAUGUUGGGGCAGAGAUCCGGGUUGUAGACCGGAGUCUCGCAGUAGGCCGUGGGAUCCAACGCGGCUGCCAGCGCGGGAGCCAACUUCGGAGGAGGACGGGGCCGCCGCGAGCGCGCCGCUCGGCCCGGGUCUCUGGACUGCGCGACCCCCGCCUGCGAGCUCGGCGCCCGGCCGCAGCCCGCGGCCGCUGCCUCUCCGCCUGCCGGGCUCUCGGGCCGGUCUCGGGGCGGCGGCGAGAGCGGACGACAACGACGGGGGGAUUCCGCACGCGGGUCACCCAGCCCACGCCGCGCGCCGCCCGGGCGGAGCGUCCCCUCGCGCGUCCCCGCUCAGCGCCUUCGCGGCAGCAUGGUGUGCGCCGGCCUGGCCGGCGGGUCGGGGCAGUCCCCAACCCCAGAGACCAGCCAGCCAGCGCUGGGCCCCGCAUCUGUGCUGGGAAGCAGCAGCGAGGGAGGACAUACAACGACCUGAACCAGUACCCUGUGUUCCCGUGGGUGCUCACCAACUACGAGUCGGAAGAGCUGGACCUGACUCUCCCAGGGAACUUCAGAGAUCUGUCAAAGCCCAUUGGUGCCCUGAACCCCAAGCGAGCCGUGUUCUACGCAGAGCGCUACGAAACGUGGGAGGAUGACCAGAGCCUGCCCUACCACUACAGCACCCACUACUCCACAGCCACCUCCACGCUGGCCUGGCUCGUGCGCAUUGAGCCUUUCACCACCUUCUUCCUCAACGCCAACGAGGGGAAAUUCGACCACCCUGAUCGGACCUUCUCGUCGGUGGCCAGGUCUUGGAGAAUCACCCAGAGGGACACCUCUGACGUCAAGGAACUGAUCCCGGAGUUCUAUUACCUGCCCGAGAUGUUCGUCAACAGCAACGGGUACCACUUGGGGGUCCGAGAAGACGACGUGCCAGUGAACGACGUGGACCUCCCCCCGUGGGCCAAGAAGCCCGAGGACUUCGUGCGGAUUAACCGCAUGGCCCUGGAAAGCGAGUUUGUGUCCUGCCAGCUGCACCAGUGGAUGGACCUCAUCUUCGGCUACAAGCAGCGGGGCCCAGAGGCUGUGCGGGCCCUCAAUGUCUUCCACCACCUGACCUACGAGGGCUCCGUGACCCUGGACAGCAUCAGUGACCCGGUGCUCCGAGAGGCCAUGGAAGCUCAGAUCCAGAACCUGGGACAGACGCCAUCUCAGCUGCUCAUCGAGCCGCACCCGCCCCGGAGCUCCGCCAUGCACCUGUGUUUCCUUCCGCAGAGCCCACUCAUGUUCAAGGACCAGAUGCAGCAGGACGUGAUCAUGGUGCUCAAGUUCCCGUCCAACUCCCCGGUCACCCACGUGGCCGCCAACACGCUGCCCCACCUCACCACGCCCGCCGUGGUCACCGUCACCUGCAGCAGGCUCUUCGCUGUCAACCGCUGGCACAACACUGUGGGCCUCAGGGGUGCUCCAGGAUACUCCUUGGACCAAGCCCACCAUCUCCCCAUCGAAAUGGACCCGCUGAUCGCCAAUAACUCGGGCAUGAACAAGCGUCAGAUCACCGACCUGGUGGACCAGAGCAUCCAGAUCAACGCACACUGCUUUGUGGUGACGGCCGACAACCGCUACGUCCUCAUCUGUGGCUUCUGGGACAAGAGCUUCCGCGUGUACUCCACGGAGACAGGAAAACUGACCCAGAUUGUCUUCGGCCACUGGGACGUGGUCACGUGCCUGGCCCGGUCUGAGUCGUACAUCGGUGGGGACUGCUACAUCGUGUCCGGCUCCCGAGAUGCCACCCUGCUGCUCUGGUACUGGAGCGGGCGCCACCACAUCAUCGGGGACAACCCCAACAGCAGUGACUACCCCGCGCCCAGAGCCGUCCUCACAGGCCAUGACCACGAGGUCGUCUGCGUGUCCGUCUGUGCAGAGCUGGGGCUCGUCGUCAGCGGUGCUAAAGAAGGCCCCUGCCUUGUCCACACCAUCACGGGGGACCUGCUCAGGGCCCUGGACGGGCCAGCAAGCUGCUUGUUCCCGCGCCUGAUCUCCGUGUCCAGCGAAGGCCACUGCAUCAUCUACUACGAGCGAGGCCGCUUCAGCAACUUCAGCAUCAACGGGAAGCUCCUGGCUCAGAUGGAGAUCAAUGACUCCACUCGGGCCAUCCUCCUGAGCAGCGAUGGACAGAACCUGGUGACGGGCGGGGAUAACGGUGUGGUGGAGGUCUGGCAGGCCUGCGACUUCAAACAGCUGUACAUCUACCCAGGCUGUGACGCUGGCAUCCGAGCCAUGGACCUGUCCCAUGACCAGAGGACGCUGAUCACAGGCAUGGCCUCGGGCAGCAUCGUGGCCUUCAACAUCGACUUCAACCGGUGGCACUAUGAGCAUCAGAACAGGUACUGACAGGGCCAGGGACGCCGAGGCCACGGCUCCUCCGUCACCUGCCCAGCACCCACCACACCACCCUGCAGCAGCCUCCCCUCCCAGCCCCCCGCGGGGACCACCACCAGCUGCCCCAGCCAGCUUCUCUCCUGUGACCGAGUAGGGGUGCCGCGGCCAUUUCUCGUGACCCCGCUCUCCGGAGAAGGGAGGGGCCCCCCUGAGCUUGAGCCGCCUCCUCUCCGAGGAGAAGAAACCAGAACACCGUUUGAUACUUUGUACAUCGGACGCGUCUGCUUUAAGGGAUACUUUUGUAACAGUCAAACCUGUACAAAGAACAGUUUCUAAUUUUGUUGUGGACCCCAGCCUGCAUGCUCUUCCACCGCGUCCCCGGGGAGGUGCCCCCCGCCCACCAAGACCAGCUCGUCGGCGGGUUCAAGUGCGAGCUUCCAGCAUCUCACGGAUUGUGGGUGUCUGCACUCCCGUGAAGCCUGCCCCUCCCAGAGCCCUUGACUCACGAGGCGUUUGGAUACGAAGCCAUUACUGGACACCUGGCCCUACUGACCAGGAGGCGCAUCCUGCCGCCGCCCACCACGACCUGGAGACAGAGCCCGAGGGGCUGGGGGCACUGCCCGGGACCACCGGGAGCCACGGGACCUGCCUGAGGCCCUGCCCGGGGAGCUACCUGAUGGGCAGCGUUGCCCGGGACUCUCCUUUGUUCCGGGCUUGUUUGUCAUCGGUUUCCUUAAGAACAAGGUGUGCUUGGCUGGAUGAGCCAGGCCUCGCUGGGUCCUGCGGGACAGUCGGCUGAGGCUGGGCCCCGGCCAGAGGCGGCGGGUCCCCGUGGCAUCAGCCUCAGCCCUCCAUGGCAUGUUCCGGGCAGGCAUGUGCAGACGGUCGUGCUCCGAGGCACGUUCCAGGAAUGUGAUGUUCUCGAAACUCACCACUCACCUUUGGGCGUGGGGAGGAACAGGCCGGCACCGCGGGCACUGCUCCUGGGGGCAGUCUUGGCGCAACACCCCUCCCUCCAUUGCUCGUGUGUCCGGGGGACUCUGACCCCCGGGAACCACAGGAGACCCAGGCCCCUGCCACCCAGAGUCCACAGGAGGACCCUGCCCACCGGGCACUGGCAGGCAGGUCACCUGACCCUGAGAGCCUGGUGGCUUGUUUGGACAGAUCAGCCCCUCACGCUAUCGUAACCAUGUUUUAUCUCAAAGAUGUAACAUAACGCCAGACGUGUGUGAGUUGAAAAUCAAAAAAGAAAAAAAAAACGAAAAAUAAAAUAUGCAAAGCAUUCACA